AUGGUGGAUGAAAGACGCAAGCGUGCUCGCGAUGAAGAUUCCGACGAGGAGGAUCCCUUGAGCAAGAACGACCCCGACAGAGACUUCGCCGAGGACCUUGAGCCCAAACGCCCGCGUUCAACUCGUCGCUGUGCGCAGAACAGGAAGCCCAUAACGGAGGAGCCCACAGACUCCGAGGCAGAGGAGCCCGAAGAGGAAGUGGCGGAGGCCGAAGACGAGGAAGAAGAGGAUGCGGAGGAGGAGUACAACUCCGAGGACUUCCAGGAGGAGGAAGAGGAGGCUGGCGAUGAGGAACCUUUGGCUGUGGAUUGA